CUUCCCCGCUCAUAUAUCGGCACACCGGGGCUUGGGCUUAAACGUUGCGGAUGAUUGUAAGUUGUGAAACAAUAUUUGGUGGAGAAAUGGCAACACGGAAGAUGCUUUUCGUGUUUGACUUUGAUCAAACAAUCAUCAAUUGCAAUAUUGACGUCUGGAUCAGAAGGCUUCUUCCUAAUGGUAAGGUUCCGAAACAAAUCAAAGAUCGAUACAAGGAGCAUGACAGUUGGACACAGUACAUGGCAGAUAUCUUCUCUCAUCUGCACAGUUCAGGCAUUCACAAAAGUGAAAUCUUGGAUAGCAUUGCAGAAGUUCCAUUCACUCCGGGGAUGGUAGAAUUGUUGAAGUACCAGCAGACAGCACCUUCUAUUGAUACCAUCAUUGCAUCAGAUGCCAACUCCCUGUUCAUAAGCCACAUUUUGGAGUCUGCAGAUCUUCAAGGAGCAUACCAGGAAAUCUUCUCCAACCCGGCAGAAUUUGAUGAAGCAGGUUGCAUUGGAAUAAACCAUUACCAUAAACAUGAGUGCCAAAGAUGUCCAGUAAACCUUUGCAAAGCAACAGUGUUGAAAGCCUAUCUUCAGAAAAAGUCACAAAUUGACCCCGUUGUCUAUGAUACAGUUGCAUUUGUCGGAGAUGGUACCAAUGACUUUUGCCCAUGUCUUAGUCUUGGAGAAAAUGAUCUCAUCUUCGCAAGAAAAGGAUACAGACUUAUGGAAGAGAUAGAACAGUGUAUGAGUGUCAGGCCAGAUUGCACUGCCAACUGUAAGAGGAUUAAAGCAACUGUAAUUCCGUGGGAUGAUGCUUUUCAAAUACUACACUAUGUGCAGGAGAUUUAUUCAUCAAAGACUGACAAAGCAAACUGACGGCCCUGUUGAUCUUGGUUGCCCCCUUACCUGGGUAAUCACUUUUCAUCAGUUAAAAUUUCACCUGUUAGUCUAUGGAUCAUGGAAAACAAAUGGGAAACAUUUUUGUUUUGGUUGCUGAAAGUGAAUUUCGUUAACUCUCAAGUGUCUAAUUUAAAACAUGUCCGCAUAUUGCAGGACCCACAACUGAUUCCAAACUGAGGGACAAAGGAUCAAGAACAAUUUUAUUUGGAGGGGGAACUUGUUUUAUGGUGGGCAAACAGGUUAACAAGUUUUCAUGUUACCCUUUUUGAGAGCUUAGUGAGGCUAGUUUGGUGGUUUAUAAUGCUUUUGGAAAUGAAGUGGACGCCUCCUUCAAUUGUUUUUUUGUAGGGGGUGGGCAUGGCCUCCAUUACCUCCCCCCAAUCUGCCCUGGUUGCUAUAUCAGUUUAUUCAGUUAAUCAUCAUUUUGAAGAGUGAGGAGUUCCUGAAAGCUGUAUCAUGAUCUCUCAAGACAUCUGUAGUGCUUGCUGACACAAGCCAAUUAAGAAUUGAAUAUGAAAUUGAAAAGGCCCCACAUGAGAACUUAAGUUAAAAUGUACAUUUAUUGCAUACAUAAUUAUGUGAACAAUGUACAUGUAUGUUCACUGCCGCCUGCUACAGAGAAAUAACACAGAUAUGGUAUCUAUGGUACAUGUACCGGUAUAAAGAUGGUUUAUUGACCCUUUAGAAAUUUAUGUAGGCCUACUCCAGAAAAAAAAAAAAGGAUAUGCAUACCACUGCUGUAAACAAAUACUUUGGAGGUUUCAAGAGGUUCUUUUAGUAGAUGUGUGUAUAGAAAUGUGAGUCAUUCAUUUUUUUGUUGAAACUGAGGUAAGGUACAAAUAUCAGCACACCUUAUGUAGACCAGGAUACUGAAUUUAAAUUUUUCAAAAUUCAACCUUUCUUUUGAAAGAAAACAAGUUACAUAAGGAAAACUUCUGCUUUGUGCAAGAUAAACCAUCGAUUUGAAAUCCAGAAAUAAAGCUUCAGAAUGCAUUCAGAUUCUUAAUUUGAAUAAAUAUACCCAAUAACACACUUUGAUGCAUGAAAGAACAGACAAGGUCAAUAAAGGGCAGUGCACACUGGA